AUGGGCAUCACGGCCCCAAAGUACGAACCGCUGGCCAAUGAAAAAGCGGGCAGUCAGUCUCCAAUCGACGACAGACGCUUCUCCACCGAGAACCUAGCAUGGCGACACCAACGGACCUCGAAGUUCAACCUCUUCUGGAACACCUUCCUCAUCCUCGCCGUUGCCAUCAUCACUGCUAGCAUCGCCCUGAUGGCCGCUCGCGUCAUCAACAUCAUCCCCGGCGCCAGUGUUGAUCCAGCAAGCGGCAUGAACAACUACGUUCACUGGCAAGAUUGCGGCAACAGCUCGACAGAAGCUCGCGCAAAAAACUGCAAGUUCGAUAUCAUGCUGACCAUGUGGGUGCCUGCCGACUGUCUUGAUAAAGACGACACCGACCUGAUGGAGGAUUACCUGGAGAAGCACAACUUCCUCAACAGAAUGUAUUGGGACGAUCGUCUCACCCACAAGGCGACCGAGAAGGAGAUCCGCAAGGGAGACCACGAUUAUAUGUACAUCGAGAACGAGUUUCAUUGGACGCAUUGCCAGUACCUUUGGCAAAGGCAGAUGGGCUCGUGGAUCGAUAGACGGCCUGUCAUCAGAGGCAUUUGGGCGAAAGAACACACCAAGCACUGUGGCGAGUUGAUGCAGAAUCACUCUUUGGCGGGAGACCUCACCACGUUGGCCGUGGGGUUCGAGGAGUGUGGAAAGCCACUGUGA